AUGGGGUCCGCGCUGUGCGCCCCAGAAGAGCACACUUGCUGCAUGCAGUCAACCGUGCAUGAGUGCCGCUUUCCUCUCUGGGCUGUCAAGGUGUCCGACUUCUUGAGAAUGAGUGGCCCACCAGAACCUCACAACGUGUUGCAGGAGCAGCGCGUGCUCCACGAGUGGUACCCUGGCAUGUUCGUGAUCUUCAUCUCGCACCAAUGGUUGAGCUCUGCGCACCCAGACCCAUCAGGACAACAGAUGCAAGUUCUGCAGAAAACGCUCCGCGGUAUGAUCGACGGAUCGUUGCAGGUGCACGAGGCUAUCGUAGCUCGGUCGGCCGACAAAAUCCUCUCAGAAAACACACGUCGGCACGUCGCCGACGGCUUCAUCUUUUUCGACUGGUUUUCAAUCCCCCAGAUAACCGCCCGGCAACACGGUGUGAAUGAGGAGGCCACCAAGAGCGAUGCAGCCUUGGCUGUUCAGAGCAUCCCGGCCUACGUGGAGCUUUCCAACCUCUUCGUAGCCCUGGUACCCGAGCUGAUGCACAAAGACUCGUCAGAGCGGGUAAAUUAUGUCACGUGGCUGUCGCGAGGGUGGUGUCGCGCCGAGUUGUGGUGCCGGCUAUUGUCAAACAAAGUCGACACUUCCGUGGUUGUUGUCUACACCCCUACCGAAGCCGAGUUUAUGUUCCCCCUUGACUGGCAGCACCACAGCGUCGCGGAGGGCAACUUUACCGUGGAGGCCGAUCGGUCAGAGGUCGUCCGACUUGGGGAGCUGGCUGUGGAAAGCAAGAUCCGGCACUUGAGGGACAAAGGCCCUUUGAACCACUACCGCUUCUAUUCUGCCCUGCGCCCCAAGCUCUUGAACCAGCAGAGAGAGGACAGGGAUGCGGACAGCUUCCUUCGUCAGUUCCGUUUUGACAGCAUCGCGCAAGCUGUGCAAGACACCAGCAACAUGAACGCCGUCAUGUGUGCUGCGCUCUCCGGUGACACGGGCAUGCUUCGUCUGCUCGCCGAAAGGCGCGCAAACAUGAACCACGUCCUCUACGACAUGAACGACUUGGGAUAUUACGACACGCAGACGGCGCUCAUGGCAGCAACGAAGUCGCGGCAGGACCCUUCGGUGCUGGCAGCGAUGAUUGAGCUGCGUGCAGACGUCAACGCCCGUGCCAGAACAGGCCUUGUUGCCCUUUACAUGUGUCGAUCACCUGCGCAUGUGAAGGUGCUGUUGGAGCACCGCGCGGACAUGCCUCACUAUGCACUGAGCGGUGCCGCUUCCUUCGGCGGCCCAGAGACAGUUCAAGCACUUCUAUCUCACCGAUGCGACCCGAAUCAAACUGAAGAGAACAGAUACAGCCCGCUACACGCGAUUGCCUUGUUCUCACGCGGAAACUGCUGGGCCCUUGAGACCGCGAAGUUGCUGCUGGCGCAGCGCGCUGAUGUCAAUGUGAGAACAGUGGUUUCCGGAAGCCUCUUGUGGAGGUGCCGGGGCGCCCAGGCCAAGACAGCCAUCCUGGGCUUCGCCAACUGCAACAUGAUGACCCGGCUCGCGGCGUCCAUGCCGGGCAUUACCCCUUUGGGGUAUGCGGCGAUGGUAGGCCAUGAGCAGCUGACGCAGCUUUACUUGGACCACGGGGCAGACUUUCUGGCAAAUGCUCGCGGCGACUCGCCCGAGGAUCUGGCUCGGAAUGGCCACCACUACCAUCUGAUGCCCUUGCUGGCGACCUUUGCCACAUAA